AUCACGCUCCCCUCUAGCUGCGCUCAGCUAUCGCGAGAAUCCUUUAAGCAAAGCUUCAGCUUGAAGUGACCUCAUCAGCAGCUGCAGCGCGAGGCGGAGCUGCAACUUUGUAUGAACUUCGAAGUUGAAUAAUUGUAAACGAGACGCUGGGGCCAACGGUACUGUUGCUGGAGUAGAUACAACAAUACACUGAACAUUCUCCCGCGACACACGGGAAAACGGCAGGAAUAACGGCCGCACGUAGACUGCACUCAGCUGGCAAACACUACGAGGCGGAGAGACGCUCGUGUCGGACUUUUAUCGGAAGAUUUUGUGGGAGAAGAGACCGCACGAGUGCAGCGAGAGCUGGAGAGGGAAGAAGCAGGAAGUCUGCUAUGCUGUUUUAAAAAGGUGUGAGCAGAGGGUCAUGGGCGAGGCUGGUCAUGUGGAAUGAGUGAGAGGGAUCUGGACUCAAUAGAGUUCUGCAUAAAGGGAUGAGAGGAGGAAGCCAGAUCACCUAAUGGUCAGCACACAUGCCUGAUUCAGGUUCACUUUAAAGUUCACUUUCAUCGUGCAAUUAUCUGUCCUCCAUUCUCUGGCCUCUCCAGCUGAGUGGCUGUCCAUGUUCCGCAAGCUUCGUUAUUUCAGUUACACUGCGGGCAUGCUCCAGUGCUGAGCUCCGCCACCUAGCUGUACCAUGACCAGUCUAAAGCGUUCACAGACCGAACGCUCUGUGGGUGGCUCUGUUCCCGCCACUGAUGAGUUUUAUACUCGCCGUCUGCGCUUGCCCAAUGGAGGUGCUCCGCCCCCUCGCAGCGAGAGCACCCACUUGACUGGGACUCCCGGAGUACCCAAAAUGGGUGUUCGAGCACGGGUCGCCGACUGGCCCCCCAGGAAAGAUGGUGGCAGUGGUGGCAGUGGUGGCAGUGGAGGAAGUGGAGGAAGUGGAGGAAGUGGAGGAGGGGGUGGAAAUGGAGGUGGUGUGUGGCACAUCACAGUGGAGACGGAUUCCCCUUCCACCACCACAGGUAGUGCUCAGAGCAACUUGUCAAGCAAGCUCGGUCACCUGAUCAGCCCUCAGGAUUCAUCCAUGCUGCGUAACAUUCACAACACGCUGAAGAACAAGAUGCAUAGCAAAGGCAAAGACAAUCGCUUUCUCUCACCCGAUGGGUAUCUCGGGUCACCCCGGAAGGGUAUGCGGCGUAUACGGCAGCGCAGCAACAGCGACAUAACCAUAAGUGAACUAGACGGUGAUGGUAGCGAGGGCUGGUCUUUCUCAGGAUGGACGCCCAUGCAUCGAGAGUAUGGCAGUACCUCAUCCAUCGAUAAGCAUGGUGUGUCCGGCGAAAGCUUCUUCGACAUGCUCAAAGGCUACCAGACCGAUGCUCCGGACCAGCGCAGCCCUGCCCCUGAAAAGUUAAGUGAGUUGCUGACAGUAGCUCAUAAACAGUCUGCCCUCGACUUGCCCGAUGGACCUCUUGGUCCCCCUCGUGGCAGUCCCGCCAGUCGCCUGAAAGAAAGAGAAAAACACAUGAAGAGGCGUUCGAAGUCAGAGACUGGUGGAGAAUCCAUAUUCCGCAAGCUACGUAGUGUCAAAGCUGAAGGUGAUUCAUCACGUGCGGGUUCCGACGCAGAGGAUGGAAAGUCUGAUGACGUGGGUCCUCCUCCUAAACCAUGGGUUUGCCAGAAAGGUUUUGCACACUUUGAUAUCCAGAGUAUUCUGUUUGACCUGAACGAGGCCGUGCAGAGUCGGCAAAGUGCCGUAAAGCGGAAGAACACCACCACCGGUGCCUCUGCUGCAGCCGCGGCCUCGGCUUCCACCACGUCCUCUCUCUCGUCCACCCAAAGCGGAGCUUACGGCUCCCCUUGUGGCAGCCAGGAAGAGCUCAACAAGGAUGGGCCUUCUCUUGACUCAGGUGAUGACAAAAGCAAUGAUUUGGUUCUCAGCUGCCCAUGUUUCCGUAAUGAAAUUGGUGGUGAAGGAGAGAGAAACAUCAGCCCUUCAAAACAGGGCAGUAUCGGCAGUGGUGCCUCUAGCUCUUCGAGAGAUGAAGAAGGGUCCCCUGAAAGAGCUCCCAACACACAUUUUAGCAAUGCAGGGGUGGCUGUUCUUGAAGCCCCCAAGGAUGGCAAGAGUCUCCACCAUGAUCGUGGAAAGAGCAACAUAGUUGAACAUGUGGACUUGGGUGCUUAUUAUUACAGGAAGUACUUCUAUUUGAGAGAGCACUGGAACUACUUAGGUGUCGAUGAGACACUGGGACCCGUAGCUGUCAGCAUUCGUCGGGAAAAACUGGAGGAUCACAAAGAUCACGGCCAGCAAUACAACUACAGAAUCAUCUUCAGAACCAGUGGGUUAACAAACUUGCGGGGCUCCAUUUUGGAGGAUGCUGUGCCCUCCACUUCUAAGCAUGGCUUGGCUCGAGGCCUGCCUCUAAAGGAGGUGUUGGAGUACCUCGUACCUGAGCUCAAUGCCCACUGCCUCCGUCUUGCUCUCAACACACCGAAGGUCACAGAGCAGCUGAUGAAACUGGAUGAGCAGGGGCUCAGUUUCCAGCUGAAGGUGGGAAUCAUGUACUGUCAGGCCGGCCAGAGCAGCGAGGAGGAGAUGUACAAUAAUGAGGCAGCAGGUCCCGGCCUAGAAGAGUUCCUGCAGUUGCUGGGGGAAAGGGUGCGCCUUAAGGGUUUUUCUAAGUACCGUGCCCAACUGGACACUAAAACGGACUCUACCGGAACACAUUCUUUGUACACAACUUUUAAAGACUAUGAGAUCAUGUUCCAUGUGUCUACAAUGCUGCCCUACACACCCAAUAACAAACAGCAGCUGUUAAGGAAAAGACACAUCGGAAACGACAUCGUCACCAUUGUGUUUCAAGAGCCUGGAGCAAAGCCCUUCAGUCCCAAGAACAUCCGCUCACACUUUCAGCAUGUCUUUGUGGUUGUACGAGCACACAACCCAUGCUCCGAAAACACCUGCUACAGCGUGGCAGUGGCUCGCUCACGAGAUGUACCUGCCUUUGGACCACCUAUUCCCGAAGAGGCUACGUUCCCGAAGUCCACCGUCUUUCGAGAUUUCCUGCUAGCCAAGGUCAUCAAUGCUGAAAAUGCAGCCCACAAGUCAGACAAGUUCCGCGCCAUGGCCACUCGGACACGACAGGAGUACUUGAGGGACCUGGCCGAACGGCACGUUACAAGCACACCUAUAGAUCCUUCGGGCAAAUUUCCUUUUAUUUCUCUGGCCCACAAGCGUAAGGAAAAGACUCGGCCAUAUUUUGGUGGAGAGCUGCGUAGCCCAGGGGCCAUCACCUGGCCUGUUUACGCCGAGGACCAUGGAGCUGGAGGAGAACUGGAGGCCCUGCUGGCCAUUUCAAAUGACUUUCUAGUGCUGGUGGACCCAGAAGCCAAGGCUGUUGUCUUCAACUGCGCUGUCCGAGAUGUCAUUGGUUGGACGCUGGGAAGCCCUGCUUCCAUGAAGAUCUACUAUGAACGUGGAGAGAGCAUCUCCCUGCGCUCCAUCAAUAACAACACAGAAGACUUCCGCGAGGUUAUCAAACGUUUAGAGCACCUCACUAAAGGCUGUGAGACAUCUGAUAUGACCUUGCGGAGGAAUGGCCUGGGUCAGCUUGGUUUUCACGUUAACUACGAAGGCAUCGUGGCAGAGGUGGAGCCGUAUGGCUAUGCCUGGCAAGCAGGGCUAAGGCAAGGCAGCCGGUUGGUUGAAAUUUGCAAGGUGGCUGUGGCAACACUUUCACACGAGCAAAUGAUAGACCUGCUCCGCACCUCAGUAACUGUGAAAGUUGUCAUUAUACCGCCCCAUGAGGAUGCCACUCCUCGCAGGGGCUGUUCAGAACUGCACCGCAUGCCAGUCGUUGAAUAUAAGGGCAGCAAUGAGAGCGGCUCAUUUGAGUACAAGUUUCCUUUCCGGAGCAAUAACAACAAAUGGCAGCGCACCUCGUCCAGCCCACAGCAGUCCCUCACCGCCUCGCCUCAGAGUCAUAGUGGAACCCCGAACCGCGCUGUCAGCCUGGGGGCCAGCAUGGGCAAGACCCUCUCUGCCGAGCGGCCCGAAAGAGCUGCCGCCAUCCCCCGUAGCGUGUCCAGUGACGGCCGACCUCUGGACUCUAAAAGGGUGUCUCCAGGUUCUGAGAACUAUGCCCUGACCUCCUCUCUCAUGUUGGGUCGCUCGCCGCACAACCGAAGUUCCCCCAGUAACCUCUCCUGCUCCAGUGACACGGGCUCAGGGAGCUCCGCUCACUGGAGGCAGAAGUCCAUGCCAGAGGGAUUUGCACACAACAGGCACUCUCCUCUCCCAACGGAGCGGCAAAUGGGGGCAGAGGAUGGAAGCAGCGGCAAGUCGACCCCCAGCUGGCCCAGAGUGGAGGACGGCUCUGACAGACCACCAUCAGAUGCUCCAGUCACUAAAUCGAGCUCGUCCUACUCAGGCGGCCCACGCAUCCAGAGACAGGAACAGGUCAUUCACCUUUCACCCAAGAAGGGCAGCCAGUCUGAAGGUCCGUACUCCCACUCGAGCAGUAAUACGCUCUCCAGCACCACGUCUAGUGGCGGUCACAGCGAUGACAAGUGGUAUGAUCUGGGCAGUGGAGGGAUAGCAGACCAGCCGGACUCUGAGCCGAACGGACUUGGUGGUGGGUAUCUGCAGGGUGCUUCAGCGGACAGCGGCAUCGAUGCUACAUCAUACGGCCCCACACAUGGGAGCUCCAGCUCUCUGCUGGCUGUGGGAGCUACUGGUGCCAGAGAAAGAGCUCCCUCACCUUGGCACAGCCCCACAGAAGGGGGCAGGAGGGUGCUUGAGAGGUCCCCUCCUGCUGCUGAGUCCCCAGUGUCCCCUGCAGAUGUGCCGCCUACUACCCGAAGCCCACCGACCCAUCUACUGGUCCGGGAUGGCAGUUCCUACAGUCUGAGUGACAUGGCCUCUUAUUCUAGCACACGUCACUCUGUUAGCCCUGCAGUCCUGAGCUCUAGCCAUAGCUCCCCACGUGAAGAGUCUUCCUCAGCCACCUCCCCCUCCUCCUCCUCCUCCUCCCAGAGCUCAGUGUCACCUGGCCCUAAGAGUUUCUAUCCGCGCCAGGGGGCCACUAGCAAAUACCUGAUCGGCUGGAGGAAACCAGGCAGCACCAUCAACUCUGUGGACUUUGGGGACACACGCAAACGACCACAGGGUGAGGGGACAGACCCCGGGUCUUCUCAGUCCAGGCCCUCUCUUAGGGAUCUGCACUCUCCUCAAGCCAUGUGCAAGUCCACAGUGGAAGAAGAUCUGAAGAAACUUGUGACGCCAGAAAGUCCCCCAUCCAAACAGCACAAGAACAAGUCCUCCUCAGGUCCAGUGAGCUCAGGGAGGCGUUCUCUGCACCGCACCCUGUCAGAUGAGAGUAUAUACCGGGGUCAGCGGCUGCCGUCUCUGGGAGAUUCAGUUCUGGAGCAGGCUCUGGCCAGCGAGGUGCUCUUCAGCUGCUCUACCCUUCCACGUUCACCGACCACCCGUGGCGCCCCACUGCGCAGACCUUCCUACAAAAUGGGCAUCAAAAUGCAUGGUGACCUCUCAGCGUCUGACACCUCUCUAGCAGACCUGCACGAGCGACAGAGGCCACCUCCUCCUGAACUGGGUCUCAUGCCCCUCCCAGACACGGACACAGACAGCGGCCUGGACUGGACCCACCUCGUAGAUGUUGCCAAUGCUUUCGAGGGUGAGAGAAGACCACAACGCAUGCAGCGAGGGUUUAUGUUUAGUUCUCAAGACAUCAGUCAGAGAGGAGAAACUUCACUCAGUCCUCAGCAUGUAGAGCUGCAGCCUGUGCCCCACACCAGACUCUCCCCAAGUGAGGGGCCUUCAAGCUACAGUGGGAAAGUUUCUCAGCUGGAAGCUCUGGUGAAGAUGUUGCAGGAGGACUUGAAGAAAGAAAGGGAAGAGAAACUGAAACUGCAGGCACAAAUUAAGAGGCUUUGGGAGGACAAUCAGAGGCUGCAAGAAGAGUCUCAAAGCUCCGCUGCCAAGCUCAAGAAGUUCACGGAGUGGGUCUUUAACACCAUCGAUCUGAACUGAGCCAUCUGCAGAAGACAGGCAAGAUCAAUAGACUUCUCGAGGACCAGACAGACGUGGGAGAGACUUUUACUCCCAAGUGAGACCUGAUUGAGAAUUGUCCAUUCACAAUUCAAAGUAAUUUGAUGUUCACAUUAGCAUUCCUUUACAAGCUAUCAACACGUCUGUGGUGAUAAUGACCAAUUUUGACAUGGCUCAAAUCCAGGCGAGGGCAAAAA